UCUUAAUAAGGUGUUGGGCCACCACAAGAUGCCAAAACAGCCUCUAUGCUAGUUGGCAUUGGCUCUACAAAUCUCUGGAGCCCUACUGGAGGGAUGCGCCAGCAUCCCCUGCAGCUUUGACACCUUUCUCUGGAGGGAAAAGCGGUUGGAGAGCACUAACAAAAUGACUGAAACGGAUACCCGGAGUCAUCAUACUGGAAAGCAAGAAAAUGGAAAAGCCAUGGCAAAAACAUCGGAGGUGGAUGAUGCUUUUGACAACACCUUAAAUGAUAAUGAGGGCUCCCAACCACCGAUAGUGGUGGUGUGGAGAAAUGUCAUACUGAUGUCCCUCUUACAUAUCGGUGCGCUUUAUGGACUGUUUCUCAUUCCCUCAGCAUCAGUUUUAACUCUCGCAUUAUCUGCAUUUUUGUACAUCCUCACUGGUCUCGGCGUGACUUGUGGAGCACACAGGUUAUGGAGCCACAGAUCUUUUAAGGCUUCUUUUCCCUUGCGAGUCUUUCUUGCUAUCUGUCAGUCCAUGGCCUUUCAGAAUGACAUAUACGAGUGGGCGAGGGACCACCGUGUUCAUCACAAGUAUUCCGAGACAAAUGCAGACCCCCACAAUGCCAAACGGGGGUUUUUCUUCUCCCACGUUGGCUGGCUGCUCUGUCGCAAGCAUCCCAGUGUCAUUGAAAAUGGCCGUAAAAUAGAUAUAUCAGACCUGAAGGCAGAUAAAGUGGUCAUGUUCCAAAGAAGGUACUACAAGUUGUCUGUGGUGAUCCUUUGCUUCCUUAUGCCCACGCUGGUGCCCUGGUACUUCUGGGGUGAAUCCUUGGUUGUGGCAUACUUCAUCCCUGCGGUCCUGAGAUACGUUCUGAUGCUCCAUGGCACCUGGCUGGUCAACAGUGCUGCGCACUUGUGGGGCAACAGGCCUUAUGACAAGACCAUUAACCCAGCGGAAAACCCACUGGUUUCUCUCAGUGCCGUCGGGGAAGGCUUCCACAACUACCAUCACACAUUCCCUUUUGACUACGCUGCCAGUGAGUUUGGCUGGAAGCUCAAUCUCUCCACUGCCUUUAUAGAUGUCAUGUGCUUCCUGGGUUUGGCGAAGGACCGCAAGAAGGUGUCAAAGGAAACGAUCAUUGCUCGCAUGCGGCGAACGGGGGACUCAGCCAAAAGUGGCUAAAUCCCACCAGCCUCAAACUCUGUAGCUGAUGCCAACAUGCAACAUCAAGACAGAAUGUAGCAACAUGGAAAGCAGCAUUUUGGUGGUGGGGUGGUAAUUACGAUCCUUCUGAUUAUAAGUUCUUUAGACUCAUGUUGAAUUUGUUAAUAUAAGUGUCAAAGCAGUAAUUUACAGAAUUUUAUUAUUAAUAGAUCUGUUAAUAGUCUUUGGCACCUUGGAACCUUUACUGAAACCCUUAAGUAUUUUUUUUCUUUUUUUUGCUUAGGUCAUUUUGCUCUAACGUCAGUCAGUAGUUCUUUGUCUCAUUCUACAGGAAGUGGAGGUUGAUUUUGAUAUUUGUUUGUCUUUUCUUCAGACAAUGUUCUUUA